GCUCAAGCCAUUUUGGCUCAAGGCCCAGCUUCUCGCGAUACUUCGGCUGCGAAGAGGAGCUUCUCCUGGAUGCCAUGCUCCCUGCUCCGAUCAAGUUAGCGAUCGGGGUGGCUGGUAUUUAUGCGUCCUUCAUGUACUAUGGCUCUCUCCAGGAGGACGUGCUGACCUUCAAAGACGCGAGCGGCGGCAAGUUCAAGUAUUCUUGGUUUCUGCAGGCCAUAGAGGCCGUGGCCAACGUCGUGUUCGGCUUUGUUCUCAUGCUUGCGAUCGAGGGCUUCCGGCUUCACAAGAUGCCGCAGUUCCCCUAUCUCCUGAGCGGUGGCUUGCAGGUGUCCGCAAAGUACUUCACGACGCAGUCCAUGGUUGCGGGCGUGUCCUUCCCCGUUGCCACAUUAGCAAAGUCGUCCAAGAUGGUGCCAGUCCUGAUUGGACAGCUCCUCCUGGGGUCUGCGAAAUACACCACCCGGGAGUACCUGAAUGUUGCCCUCAUCGUUGCUGGAGCCGGGCUCGUCAGCAUGGCCGGAAAGUCCAAAGCAGGCAAGCAGGAUUCUAUUAUGGGUCUACUCUGCCUCUGCGGCUCUCUCGCAUGCGAUGGCAGCGUGGCAGGCGCACAGAGAAGUCUGAAGAAAAAGCUUUCAGAAUCGGGGCUGAAGGAGAAGAACUUUGAGAUGCAAUUCCUUACAAACUUUUAUAUGGCCCUGACGGCACUAGGGUUCGCUGCAGUGUUCCAGGAAUUUGUACCCGCAAUGUUGUUCAUCCUCGCAAGUCCGGUCAUCUUUACAAAGAUUGCCUUGUUCGCAGCUUGUAGUGCAUUUGGUCAGGCGGUCAUCUUUUUUGUUAUCUCCGAGUUUGAUUCUCUCGUGUGCAGUACUGUGACGACCACCAGGAAGAUAUUUUCCGUGCUUCUAUCUGUCUUCACAAAAGGCCAUAGCAUGAACGCUCAGGGGUGGUUUGGCAUUAGCCUGGCAUGCGUGGGCAUCCUCUCAGAGCUGCAUGACAAGCUUCAAAUCCAACAAGCUUCAAGUCCAAGAAGCCGGAUGAGUCUAAGGAGAAGACGAAAUGAGACAAGGAGAAGUCGGAUAAUCCAAGGAGUAGUUGGACAACGAGUCGAAGUGAGAGGCCAGAGCCUUGCAUAGCCAUGUGCUCGUAAGAAACAA